AUGAUCCUCUUCUUCGCGGCCAUCGCUGUCGUCGGCACGGUGACCUGCUUGUUCGUCUCCGUUGUGCUACCAUUUGCCUUCAUGGCCUGCUUGUUUACAGACGGCCAAUAA